AGCAAUUAGAUCAAGCUGGGUUUUUACUCAACCCUAUCUGAUCUAAGUCUCGAAACGAUUUUUUAACAAACAAUUUUCGUUUUUCCUAUUAAAUAGCGAUUUAUUUAUACCGAUUUUAAGACAAUGCUAGCAGGAACAUAUCACUAUUAUUGGCCCAUAACUCCCAAUGUUCCAUUACGUGCUUAACCACUAGAGGCCUGACCCAUCAAUAGUUUAUUUGGAUAAUGUUAUUAUGUUACUGUCAUCCAUAUUAAGGAUCGCAAAUGGGAUUUCAUUAGUACGUCAUUUUAAAAGCAACUGCAUCCUUUAUGGUGCCUAAAUAGGUUAAGAUUGACUUAAAUCACCAUCAAGGGAUUGGGUGAGUAGUGGAGUAUAAUUUGCUUGCAAGGAAAGUAUUCUUUGCUGGUCUGUACACCUUUUUUGGGAACGGCUAUUAAAUCAUAUAGAAUCGCUUCAAAAUGAUUAUCCAGAGAAGGGAAUAUUAUAAUAACAUUCAGACUUCAAAUCUAUAAUACUUUUGAACAUUCUCUUGUUAAUAUACACUAGUUUAAUAUGCUGUAAUAUUCAUUUGACGUAAUGGGUUACACAAGUAGCUGAAGCUGUUAUAGGUUCUACACAAAAGCAAGUGACAAGCCAAGUUUCAAAUGAAUCAAAAUUGAUUAGCAAUAUAAUACUCCGUCUGCGUAAAGCAAAUUAGCAUUGGUGGAUCCCCUGAUUUGCAUUAACAUGAAGACAAGAUCUUUAUCACAUAUAAAAAGGGGCGCACUCAGGCUAUCAUAACAUAGCUCAGCAGAGAAAAAAAGUGGUUCUGGUUAGCAAUUAAGCUCGAGUGUAAUGGCGUUUCGAUCAGCAAUGUCAAUGACAUUUUUAUCUUUACUAGUGCUUUUGCUAGCAGUAGGUUCUAAUGCUGGGGGUAUUGCAAUCUACUGGGGUCAAAAUGGCAAUGAGGGCACUCUUCGGGAGACUUGUGCUACGGGGAACUAUGACUAUGUUAUAUUAGCUUUUCUAGCAACUUUCGGCAAUGGGCAGACCCCAAUGAUAAACCUUGCCGGUCAUUGUGAUCCAUACAGCAAUGGUUGCACUGGUUUAAGCUCUGACAUUGAAUCCUGUCAAGCCGAAGGUGUCAAAGUGAUUCUUUCAUUGGGAGGCGCUGCUGGCAGCUACUCGCUCACCUCCACAGCCGAUGCAAGAAGUGUUGCCACUUACCUUUGGAAUAACUUCUUAGGAGGACAGUCGUCGUCUCGGCCACUUGGGGCUGCCGUGCUGGACGGAAUUGAUUUUGACAUUGAAGGAGGAACCAACCAACACUGGGGUGAACUUGCAAGGUUUCUUUCAGCAUACAGCAGUCAAGGCAAGAAGGUGUACAUAACUGCAGCUCCUCAGUGUCCAUUUCCCGAUGCUUGGAUAGGAGAUGCCCUUAAAACUGGCGUUUUUGACAAUGUUUGGGUGCAAUUCUAUAACAACCCACCAUGUCAAUACACUGCAGGAGAUGUUGGGAAUCUUGAAGACGCAUGGAAUCAGUGGACCUCGGAUAUUCCGGCAACGAAGAUCUUCUUAGGGUUACCUGCAUCUCCUGAGGCUGCUGGCAGUGGCUUCAUUCCAGUUGCUGAUCUUAAAUCAAAAGUGAUGCCAAUCAUCAAGGGUUCUGGUAAGUAUGGAGGAGUUAUGCUGUGGUCAAAGUAUUAUGAUGAUCAAAGUGGAUACAGUUCUUCCAUUAAGAAUGAUGUCUAAUUCUGAAAUCUAAAUUACUCUUAAUACAUAGUCUCAUGUAUCCUUUGCAUAAGAGCUAAUUAUGAAGUCUUACAUCUAUAUACGCAUUCCAUAUAUAAUAUAA